CAAUAUGAGGGCUAUUCCAGGAAGUGCUCAAGGCAGGAAUUGGACCCCGCCUCCAGAGUCACCAGUUGAAAGGUCGGGUUGUUUUAUGUAACAAAUCCAGUCUUGCCUCACUGCAACUGUCUCCACAGCUGGUUUUGCAUUAAUUGCAGUCUUUUAUCUGCAAAGUUAAUCAUGUUGGCAGACCUGAUGCAAGAUGAGGUGUUGAGGGCUUUCAGCACUUACGCACUUAUUGUUAUCCUGAAGAUGAUGAUGUUGGCGCCUCUUACUGCGUAUUACCGCCUCACCAGAGGGGCUUUUGCCAACGAGGAAGAUGUGGCCUUUAAGUCUGCAGAGGAGAAAAAGAAGCUGCUGAGAACCGAUCGAAAUGUAGAGCGAGUUCGAAGAUGUCAUCUGAAUGACUUGGAGAACGUUGUUCCCUUCGUGCUAGUGGGCUUGUUCUACACUUUAAGCGGACCGGAGCUUUCAUCUGCUUUGCUGCACUUCCGCAUAUUUGCCGGCGCUCGGGUCUUCCACACCAUCUCCUACAUCGGCGCUCUGCCUCAGCCCUGCAGGGCUCUGUCCUUCUUUCUUGGCCUCCUGGUCACCUUCUCCAUGGCGUACAACGUUCUCAGUGAGGUUCUCGUUAUCUGAUGAUGAUGAUGAUGAUGACAGCGGACCACCAAUACCACCACCACCACCACUUAGAUCUGAUGUUUGAUUCACUCAGAAGAUGAAUUUGCUUUGUUGUUUGUAUUAACUGUAAAAUGUUUUCAUGAAAGAAAUGCAAAAUAAAAUACAUUUUCUACUCUU